UUCGUUGUUCUAAUAAAAGCAUGGUAAGUUCAAACACUAUUCAACAAUGUAGCUUUAUCUAAAUGAUUAUUAUUUGAUUUUAUAGGAUUGCACAGAAGCAAGAAGGAGGUACGAGGUAAAAAAACAAAUGUGCUACGGACUGGAUCCAUUUCAAAUCGCCACAGAACCUGCGGAUAUACCAUUAAAUGUAUCCUUCCAAAAAAUCCACAAAUUUCUGGUGUUGGAUCCCUGUCCCUUUACCGGAAUACCGAAAGGUGAUCAGGGAACUAGCAAAAAGGCAACAGAUGCACUACUUUACUUCAAAAAUGGAUGGGUCAAGUCUAUCAAAGGCAAAAAGAUAGGAGAUAUUUACAUAGUACACGGAUCUGUGCACCAUUCUUUUGCCGUGAAAGAAGGCAUGCUUAAACCGUGGCUUAUUAUUGCCACCGAAGGGACUAUAAAAGCAGCUCAUUGUACCUGUGCGGUCGGGUUGAUGGAAUGUUGCAGCCACAUUGGUGCGACACUUUAUGCACUCGAUGAGCUGAAAACAAAAAUCCUCGAGCAGAAGUUAUCAGUAACAGAACUCCCAGCUUACUUGAAAAGACCACCGGUAUCAAUCACUAAUGACCUCUACAAAAAAGUGAAAGAUAUCGAUUUUGGGAGAAAAAUUAAGAGAAGUUACCAUGUACAAUCCUCUGACGAUGUACCGAAGCGUGUCCGAAAUCUUUUAGAAGACAUUGACAAAGUCGACGAUGUCUUGCAAGAUGAAGCAGUCGAGAUACAUAGAUCUAUGGCAAACAACGUAAUACAUUUGCAAGAAAUCGCCGAGUUGACAGAACAUCAAAGUAGUGGUCCAUGGUGGAUGCAGUUCCGUCGAGGAAGGAUAACUGCCUCCAACAUAAAGGAAGUCAUGCGAACGAGUGAACAUUCUCCGUCAAUAUCACUUAUCAAAAAGCUGUGCUACCCAGAUAAGGCAGUAUUUUCAACCCCGGCGACACGAUAUGGACUACAAUUUGAAAAAAAAAGCUAUCGACAUCCUUUUUGCGGCGUCUAUGGAUUUGCAUCUGAAUAUGAAGAUAUGAAACAGCAGCAUUGA